AUGGCCGUCGAGCAGAUUGUUACCGACCCUGCCCUUAUCCCUGCCCUGAAAACCUGUUCGGACACCCUGAGCGAAGCGCAUAAGCUCAUCGACCUGCUGGAGAAAGGGAUCCAAACCCCCUCAUCGAACCCCAACGAGACGCUGCAGGAUGCGUACAAGCAGCAGAGACACGUGUAUUCGCUGCUGGCUCAGCUACGUGGACUCAACCGUGAGGCGAUUCUCAAUGUCAGAUCAACCAAGCAGGCCACCGCGGAGGCACGCCAGGAGAUAGACAGGCUGCAUCUACACCUUCAGAAUUUGUACUACGAGCAGAGACACUUGAACGGCGAGAUAGCUGCGUGCGAGUCAUAUGACCAUAGCUACUUGGCUUUGCCCUUGAUACCGGUGGAAGAGUUCAUUGCCUUGCAUCCAGAACACGCCAACUCUGACGAGCACGACCUUACAAUUGCCCGAAUAAACCACGAGCAUGCAGAGAGGGAGAAACUUGAACAGGCCCGCCAGGAGCUCCUGAAGAAGAAACAGGCUCUCAUUGCGGAAAACAAAAAGAGAAAAGAGGAUCUAGCUAGCCUAGACCAGGACUUGGAACGGUUCAUUGAUGCUGCCAAACCAAUCCAGAAGAUAUUCGAAAAGGUCUAUGUGCCUAUCACUCGGAAGUCAAACGAAGAAGACAAAUAA